UUGUUGUUGUAGGAUUUCUCUCCCUUCCUGACUGUAUCGCUGGGACUAUGUCCAUGGAUAUAACCUUCCUCGGGAACGGCUCGGCCUACCCGUCUCCUCACCGCGGGGCCUCGGCUCUGGUGCUGCGGACGGAGGGGGACUGCUGGCUGUUCGACUGCGGGGAGGGAACCCAGACCCAGCUGAUGAAGAGCCAGAUCCGAGCCGGCCGAAUCUCUAAGGUGUUCAUCUCCCAUCUGCAUGGAGAUCAUCUGUUUGGGUUGCCUGGUCUCCUUUGUACUGUGAGCCUCAACACCAACCCUGAGGUGCAGCAGACUCCUAACUGCAUGGACAUCUACGGGCCCCGGGGCCUCCGUCACUUCGUCAGGACCACACUCGGCCUCACAGGAUCGCAGCUGCUCUUCCCUUACGCAGUGCAUGAACUGGAGCCAACGCAUGAUCAGAGUCCAGCCGAGGGGAGCCUCAGCUUGGAGACGACAGCAGAGCGCGGCCCUCUCCACCCUCAGGAGCAGCCAGGCAGGACCAUCUCACUGGACGCCUCCACCGACUCCUAUCUCCUCUUUGAAGACAAGAAGUUUGUUGUCAAAGCCUUCAGGUUGUUCCACCGCGUGCCUUCCUUUGGUUUCUGUGUCGAGGAGCAUGAACGACCCGGAAGACUGAAAACUGAACUGUUGAAGGAACUCGGCAUGAAGCCGGGGCCGUUCUACGGCCGUCUCAAAGCCGGAGAGCCUGUCACUCUUGAGGACGGCCGUGUGGUGCGGCCCAGCGAGGUCCUGGAAGACGCCAUCCCCGGGCGGAAGGUGUGUGUAUUCGGGGACUGCAGCUCGGCGCUCGGAGAGGCGCCGGCGAGGCUGUGCGCCGGAGCCGACGUCCUGGUCCACGAGGCGACCCUUGCCGACGAGCACAGGGACAAAGCGGUGGAACACGGACACAGCACGCCGCAGAUGGCGGCGGCGGCGGCCCGGGCGUGCGGCGCCAGGAGGCUGGUGCUGUACCACUUCAGCCAGCGCUACAAACCCUGCUCCCUGCAGAGGGACGGCGACGAGGACGACGUUUCAGAGCUGAAGAGGCAGGCGGAGGAAGCUCUGCAGGACUGUGGCGUCGAAGUGACGCUCGCUGAGGAUUUCCUGACGCUGCCCGUCCCCGUUCGGAAAAACAGAUGCAGGGAAUCAGAUUAAAAGUAGAGCAGCAAGUUAUAUUUGGACUGUGACCAAACAUAGUGGUACUGUAACUCUUAUAACUUGAAUAUACAUAUUUUAAACACAAAACAAGGUAAGUUAUUGAAAGUACAUAACAGAAAAGAAGAUAUAAAUCAUUCUAUUGAAUCGUGUCUAAAUAGUCAAACCUGCUUUAAGUCUGUUUUUUAAGAGUUUGAUCAUACAAAGGAUGUAUUUUGGUAAAAUAAUAAAAGUAUU